UACAAAAACUCUAAACAGCGUUUAUGUGUGCAAAAGUUAGAGUGACCAUGUAAAUAGCUUAACGACACAUUUCGCAAAAGCUGCUCGAAACGUAAACAAUAAACAAUUAUUUAAGAACAACUAAAAGCCGAGAUGCGAAUUCUGAACUGCCGCAUUUGCUCUAGAGCAGAUGCCCCAAUAGACCUGUUUGGUCCAGGAAACGGUCAUCUAGUUCGUCAAAUUCACUCCAUUACUGGAGUGGAGCUAAGCUACAGUAAAGAAAUAUCCGGCCAAAUGUGCACGACUUGCCUGGACAAUCUGCAGGCAGCCAUUAAGUUCCGCCAGCGCUGCAUCAUUACCGAGAAACAGAAUCUGGAAAGGAUUGAGUGCGGCAGCAAGGAUUGCUCCACAGAUCCAAUAAUAUACGAAGACAUCGAUGAUAACCAAAUUGAGAGUGAGUUGGACGAGUCCAUUCUAAUGCCUGAAGGCGAAGAUCUUCCAAUGCCAAGUGCUGAAAACGUCUCAGCACCGGCUAGUUUGAACCAUCGAAAGGCAAUUGAAGGAGGUACUGGUCCAUAUGUAUGCCCUGAGUGCGGAAGGAUCGUCAACAACAAGUCAAACUUUCAGGAGCACAUGCUCCGUCACACGGGCAUCAAGAAUUUCCACUGUGAUUUUUUGAAUUGUGAAAGGAGCUUUGCAACUCGAAAGGAACUGACUACCCAUACGCGUACCCACACGGGCGAGCAGCCAUACGUGUGCGUCUACUGUCCACGUCGGUUCUCCUCUUCAGGCGCUCGCCAGGAGCACCAUCGGCGCCAUCGGAACGAACGCCGCUACGAUUGCGACACGUGCGAAAAGAGUUUUGUGAGCUCCGGAUGUCUCAGGAAGCACAAGAUGACCCAUGUGGACGUGCGGAAGCAAUACUGCUACGUUUGUCAGAAGCACUUCAAACGGAUCUCCCAUUUGAGGAAACACCUGUCCAGCAAUUCUCAUAAACGCAAAGAAGAGAGCAGCUGUCUAUCUAGUCAUUACACUAAUUAGCUAUCGGUAAGAAUCCUAAAAUUCCGCGUCCCUUUCUUCAACAAGGUAGACGUACAUUUAACUACAGGUAUUCGCUAGAACCCAUUUUAUGCCAAUAUCUGGCAUAUUUUGUUUUAAUUAUUGUUUCCCCAAGGAAUAGAAGAAGAGCCGCCUCACUCCCGUCUUGCAAGUUAUAAACCUAUAAAAAAACAUAUUUACUUAUCCUAAAAAAGACGAUUUAAUUAAUCCUGUGCCAUUCGAUUAUUAUUCCAUAUUGUAGCUUCCACAAACUGUAACAAAGUCUUCGACAGAGCAGAAAGAAAAGAAACAUUUACAACGCACAAAUGAUGUUAAAACUACCAAAUAAACGCACAAAAUCAUA